CCGCGGUAGGUUGACUUGGCUAACAGGCAAGCGUUGCGAAGCGGGGGGGCUUGCGGUCAUAUCGGCGAACGAUAACCUGCUCGCGUUUCAAUAACGCGUGAUAGUGUCAUUAAGCUUUGAUGUCACAUUUACGGGGUUUGUCGUGUAAAAAGUCUCAAGUCAUUCGUCACCACUCCAGGCGGAUAUGGUGUGUUGACAGUGGACUUAGGCGCGAGGGGAAAUUCAUGCGUCGCAUCCUGCUUGCUGUUUAUUAUUAUUAUUUUUAACACAUUAAAAUGAGCUGAUCCGAGCUGUUCAACAUAAUUCCUAUCAAUUUGCUGUUGAUUUACUCAACUGCAGAGAGCACCAGGCGUCCUAAAGGGACUCCAGUUGCUGUGAUGCUGCCCUUGUUGCCUAGCAUGCAGUCAUGAGCUCGGCCUUGUGGAGCCAGGAGAAGCCCGGUGGGGGCUUCAGGGAGGACUGGCGCUUCUACAUGGUGAUGAAGGAGUGCACGGUGGAGAAGCCUCCCCAGAAGACCCUCUGGAUCCCACGUGGCAGCCUGGGCCAAGCGUGCCAGGAGCGCAACAGUCUGGGCCGUACGCUGCCUCCGUGCAAGGGCAAGAAGAGCCUGCACAUUCUUGACCAGAUCGUGGUGGUGAGCCUGGACGAGCGCGACAUCCUGGAGGUCGACGAGAAGCUGGCCGAGCUGCUCUUUCCCAUCACCAACUGCGAGGAGCGUUACACCCUACUGUGGAACAAGUCCCGGCUAAAGCGCGUGCGCGACAUCGACUACGGUUCCAAGGUGCGUGUCCAGCUGCGCUCUGGUGAUGAGCCUCUGCCUGGCGUAGUGCGCUUCAAGGGCUCGCUGAUGCCUGACAGAGCCCUCUCUGGAAUCCUGUUUGGAGUGGAGUUACUGGAGGAGGGCAGAGGCCAGGGCUUCACGGAGGGAUCCUUCCAGGGCCGCCAGCUGUUCCGCUGUGAGGACGAAUGCGGUGUGUUUGUGGCCCUGGACAAGCUGGAGCUGUGGGAUGACGAUGAUGACGACGACAUGGGCGAGCUGGAGGUGGACCAUGUCACCCUGGUGGAGCAGGACCAGGACUACCCUCCGCUGGAGAUCAACUCCAGGGUCCUGGUGCAGACCCGAGAGGGGCCUGAGAGAGGCACCAUCAUUUUUUGUGACUUGCUGCCGGGUAGUGAGAGCCAGGGCUACUACGUGGGUGUUGACAUGGACAAUCCAAUCGGCGAGUGGGACGGAAUGAUUGGCGGGAAACUGCUGUGUAACUUUGCCAGUUUGGAGCACACUCGACUUGUCCCCCUUUGUGACGUAAUGCCAGAAUAUUCCAUGCAGGACCAAAGGCUGCAAAAGCACACUUUUGCUUCCAGAGGCAACAACAACGACAAGUCGUCCUCUGGCCAAAGCAAACCGAAGACCAAAGGCUUAGCUCAUCAGUGUGGCAGUAGGAGCAAGUCUGACUUUUACUAUACUUUAAAUGGGAGCUCUGUUGACCCCCAAGUGCAGUCCAAAUCCAAAAGCACAUGGUACAUUGACGAAGUUGGGGAGGACCCAGCAAAGUCGCUCACCGAAACUCCACCCGACUUCAACCAGUCCCCCCCGCCCACUAGGGUGCCGCUGGCCACUUCGUUGGCCAGUGACAACAAGUUCCACUCGCUGCCCUUCAGCCUGAACCGCAAGAGCGGGCCCAUCGACAACAUGAAUCACGGGCCGCUCUCCCUGUCCGUCCAGUCUGUAAUGGGGGAGCAGGCCGAGGCACCGUUGCCCACCGCCCCCUCUUCGCCGCGGCCUGCAACACCUACCAGAGGGCAGCCUGGUCUUGAGGUGGGCUCCCUGGUGGAGGUGAAGGAGAACCCCCCUCUGUGUGGCGUCAUCCGCUGGGUGGGUCUGCCUCCAGGCUUGUUGGAGCCUCUGGCCGGGCUGGAGCUGGAAGAGGAGUGCCCGGGUUGCACCGACGGCACAUUCAAAGGUACGCGCUACUUCAACUGCCCGCCUAAGAAGGCCCUCUUCGUGAAGCUCAAGUGCUGUCGGCCUGACUCUCGCUUCCCGUCGCUCCACCACUCGGCCAACCCCAUCGAACGCUGCAACUCUAUCGCUUUUGGGGGCUACUUGAGUGAGAUAGUACACGAGAACACCCCGCCCCGCAGCGAGACUGAUGGCCUGGACAUCAUGGUGGGCAAGAAGAAAGGCAUCCAGGGCCACUACAACUCCUGCUACUUGGAUUCAACCCUCUUUUGCCUCUUUUCCUUCAGCUCUGUACUGGACACAGUUUUGCUGAGGCCGCGCUCAAAGACUGACGUGGAGUAUUACAGAGAGACCCAAGAACUGUUGCGCACUGAGAUAGUCAACCCCCUGCGCAUACACGGGUAUGUAUGUGCCACCAAAGUGAUGAAACUCAGGAGGAUCCUGGAGAAAGUAGAAGCUGCGUCUGGCUUCACCUCUGAAGAAAAAGAUCCCGAGGAGUUCCUCAAUAUACUGUUCCAUCACAUACUGCGGGUAGAUCCUUUGCUCAAACUAAGGUCAGCAGGCCAGAAGGUGCAGGACUGUUACUUUUACCAGAUCUUCAUGGACAAAAAAGACAAGGUUGGUGUCCCCACCAUCCAGCAGCUCCUGGAGUGGUCUUUCAUCAACAGCGACCUCAAGUUUGCUGAGGCUCCCUCUUGCCUUAUCAUCCAGAUGCCGCGCUUUGGCAAGGACUUCAAAAUGUUCAACAAGAUUUUCCCCUCACUGGAGUUAGACAUCACAGAUCUUCUGGAAGACACUCCCAGGGAAUGUCGCAUCUGCGGAGGCCUGGCCCUCUACGAGUGCAGAGACUGCUACGAUGAUGGCGACAUCACGGCGGGCAAGAUAAAGCAGUUUUGCGAAAAGUGCAAUACGCAGGUUCACCUUCACCCGAAGAGAAAAAGUCAUCGGCACGGCAAACUGAGCGUCCCCAAAGAACUGCAUGAAGGCGGCGGGCGCCAGGGCACGUUCCCACGCCAGACGAUGGAGCUGUUCGCCGUGCUGUGCAUCGAGACCAGUCACUACGUGGCCUUCGUCAAGUAUGGCAGCGCUGCCUCUGCAUGGCUCUUUUUCGACAGCAUGGCCGACCGAGACGGAGGCCAGAAUGGCUUCAACAUUCCGCAGGUGUCGCCGUGCCCUGAGGUGGAGUCCUACCUGAAGAUGACUCCCGAGGAGCUGCACACGCUCGACCCCAAGAGCAUCCAAGGCCAAGCCCGGCGGCUGCUGUGUGACGCCUACAUGUGCAUGUACCAGAGCCCCACCAUGAGCCUGUACAAGUAGCCCCCACCUCGACACACGAAUACACUCUCUCUUUCGUCGUCAUCCUCCUCCUCCUCUAGCCCCGCGGCCACUACAUGCCCCUCCCUCCCUAAGAGGACUUCCCAGACUUCCCAGAAAGACCCACGUUGAAAAAAUAAACUAAGCAGAAGAACGGCUUGCCGGGGCCUUAUUUGGAGUUAACCCUCUCCACUCCUGUCAAUUGGGAGGUGGGGCAGGCGUCGGUGGGGCUUUAUUUGCACUGUGCUUUUGUUGAAGUGUUGUGUUCUUCAUGUCGUCCUACGUUGCUUCUCUGUAUCUCUGUCGAACCUUUGCAAAACUCAAGAAAAGGGAAUCAAAAGACGGGGGGGCAGAGUUGAAAAACAAGUGGGAGGACCCUUAAAAGAAGAGGAGUCCCACUAGUCUUAAUUGGGAAGGACGGUAGCGCUUCAUAACACCUCAUUAGGGAAGCGAUGCGGUACGCACAACACGUCUCGCUCUCUCGUGUUCUCUCGUUUUUGUAUUACCCUCGGUCGCAGUUUGUGUGUUGCAGAAACCAAUGUAGCCAUUAUAACAGCCUAGUCCCACUCCCUCCACCCUGGGAAACACUGCACUUUGGCUCUGAGUCCUCUUAAGGUGGAAGUUACAGGGAGAGCUAAUUUAUUGGUCAGGAGUGUGUGUGUGUGUGUGUGUGUGUGUGUGUGUGUGUGUGUGUGUGUGUGUGUGUGUGUGUGUGUGUGUGUGUGUGUGUGUGUGUGUGUGUGUGUGUGUGUGUGUGUGUGUGUGUGUGUGUGCGUGUGUGCGUGUGUGUGCGCGUGCGUGUGUGUGCGCGUGCGUGAGUGUGAGUGUGACAGAAUACAAAUCUGUGCUACCGAGGGGACGUCCGCUUCUAACGUGUACAGGAUUUGUCCCGAGCAUCUGUUAGGUUUACAAAGCCUUUUUGGGAGUCCGCCCGCCCAACUCGCCGCCUUUCUCCUAGAUGUGACACGCAGCAGAUUAACACAACAAAAGAGAUGUGAUCAAAUAUGAUAUUAUUUAUUUUAAUCUAAUCAUGUUUGUCCCUUUUUAAGGAAAUAAAACAGGGUUGUUGAUGCUGUCAGGUUUUCAACUACUGACACAUACACAAGCCUGGUAACCUUGAAGCUAUUGAAGAGGAAACAAUGUAUAAAUUAAUUUUAAGUUAAAAAAAACAACUCAGUUGCUUUUGAAGGAGAUGCAUAUAAAUGUGUGUGCCAGAACCUUUUCUAGACGUGGCUCCUUUUUUGGUGGUUUGCACUGUUCCAGGGACUCUUACUGCACUGCUGAGUCCUGCCACUGAUGCCCUUCAGGAGACAUCUUGGGAGCCAGAUGAGGUUUUUUUUUGUAUUUUAUUUUAUUUUUCUCUGUCCAGUGUUCACAAAUGUAACGUGAAAUUUGAUGUUGCUCUACGUUUCGUUAAAUAAAUGCUGUUUUGGAAAGGCGCAACAUG